CAAUCCAAAGACAAGAAGGAAAAGAAAUAUAUAUCAAGGCGAGAAGAUAUCCUUCACUCAAAAGGACCUUUGUAUAUGCCCAAGAAGGCAAGACCAAGUCCUCCCUCUCCUCCUUUUCCUUUGUUCUCUUCUCAUGUGGUGACACAAAGGAAUUUUCCAUAAACCUCCUUCUCCACCUCCCUUAAAAUUCUAACUCCAACCCUUAAUUGUUUACUCUCCCUCCAUUGCCAACUCUUGCACCCUCUCUCCUCUUGUGCAUGUGCAUUUGUAGCUCAGAGAGAGCGAGAGAGAGAAUGCAAGAAGAUAUUGGAGAGGAGAUGCCAAGUCUUGACUUGGGUAUUGGCAGCACUUGGUGUUCGAGUGAUGCGAAGAAGAGGAAGAGAAGAGAUGAAUCUAAUAGCAUUGCAUGUGGUACGUUAAUGCAAGAUGUCUUGGAUAAAAGGUUCUUUAGGUUACUUCAAGAAAGGGAGAGGAUGUUAAGAGUAGACCCCAGAAGGAAUGAGUUGGAGGAUGGAAAGGGUCUGCAACUGAUUGAUUUGCUUCUCGUGGCUGCCACCGCAGUUGAUGCACACAAUGUAAGCUCAGCUGUUGAUGCCUUACAUGAGUUGUACCAUCGUGUCUCCUUGAAUGGAGAUCCAAUCCAACGGGUCGCAGCUUACUUCACAGAUGGCUUGGCUGCGAGAAUUCUAACAAGAAGGUCUCCAUUCUACCGAACAAUCAUGGCACAUACCACAGCAGAAGAAGAAUUCUCAGCCUUCACCCAACUCUACCAGGCGUCACCAUACUACCAGUUUGCCCAUUUCACUGCUAACCAAGCAAUAAUUGAGGCCUUUGAAAAGGAAGAGAUGCAGAAUGGAAGAAGGCUACAUGUCAUAGAUUUCGAUGUGUCAUAUGGAUUCCAAUGGCCUUCUUUAAUCCAAUCCCUAUCUGAUAAGGCCACAAGUAGCAUGCCCAUCUCUCUCCGAAUUAUGGGAUUUGGUGGAAGCAUUGAGGAACUCAAGGAAACUGAAAUAAGGCUUGUCAAUUUCACCAAGGGCUGCCGCAAUUUGAUCUUCAAAUUUGAAGGGCUGCUGAGAGGUUCGAGUAGCAGUGAUUUUAAGAUUGAAAAGGAUGCAACGCUCGUCGUGAACUUGGUUUUUUACCUGCAAAACUUGAGAAGCUCUUCAGAGAUAUAUCAUACAUUGAUGGCUAUCUCCUCACUGAAUCCAUCUGUGGUGGUUCUGGUAGAGAAAGAAGGUAGCCAAAGACCACAAAACUUCUUAUCGAGGUUUAUGGAGUCUUUACAUUACUAUGCAGCCAUGUUCGACUCGUUGAAUGACUGCCUCCCGGCUGAGAGCACCGAGAGGCUGAGCAUCGAGAAGAACCAUCUCGGUAGAGAGAUCCAGGCCGCCAUGACUAACGAGGAGAAGGAAGAGGAGAAGCACUUGAGGUUUGAGAGGCUGGAUACAUGGAAGAAAAAGAUGGAGAGCUUCGGUUUCGAAGAAAUAAAGUUGAGUUCAAGGUCUAUGAGCCAAGCAAAGCUGCUCUUGAAGAUCAGGAGCCACUGCUCAAGUAUAGAACAUGAUGGUGGUGGUGGGUUUCGAAUUUCUGAGAGAGAUGAAGGGCAUGCGAUAUCUUUAGGAUGGCAAGAUAGGCAUCUAACAACAGUUUCUGCAUGGCACUGCAUGCAGUCACCCAAUUGCUCACCAGGGUGCAAUUUGUAGAUGCUUAAACAUUUCCACCCUCUACUUUCUUGUAUUGGGGCAUCUUUAUUGGUUAUCAAAUCAACUAGUAGCUGGUUAUUUCUACCCCUCAAUGUAGAUUUUUCAAAGAAAUUCUGCCAGUCCUAUACAAUAUCACUGAUCUCAAUUGUCCAAAGCAUCAAUGAAACAACUGGAUAUAUUUUUGAUUUCUCCACCA